CUUGUGUUUGAUUCCCUCGAUCUAUAUCAUUAUUCUCUGCAACAAUUUUUUUUUUCUGUAAAAUUCGAAACGAACUUGUUUAAAUUCUUCUCUUGAAUUCACUAACUUGUUCAAUGUCGAUGAAUUAGUCCUUUUGUCACCUUUUAGCAUGUUCUUCAGUUUUGUGUGAAAGAUUGGGUUCUUAUUAUUUGAUUCGAGCGUUGCAAGAGAAAUACUAGCAAUGCAAUGCAGAGCCGCGUUUAAAUUUCAAAUAUUAGAAGCAAAAGAUAUCGAAUUUCUCUUUGAAUCCCAAGGAAGAGACUUUUUUUCUUUCUUUUUUUUUUUUGUUUUUGUUUUUUCUUUGCCUCUCCAGUUAUUGUGGAUGGACUGAAUUCACUUGUUACUUUCUGGCAUGUAAAGGUUCUCUGGUGAUUUAAGAUUUUCUAGGAAAAGUUGUCUUUCCGAUAGUGUGAGUAUUGGUUUUCGGUUCCCCGAUUCUGUCUUUUAAGUUUAUAUCAGUCAUGACGCUGAAGAUCUGCAGGAAGUUUGUUAAUAGUUGGAAAUUUUCAUCACAUUCAUAACUAAAAUGUCAAUGAAACCUCUGAAUUUGUGCAUAUGCAAGGUUUUUAUUCUAUGCAUCGUCUGUAUGCAUGUUCUCUAAUGAGCUAGAUAUUUUUGUGAGUAGCGACAUUACCGUGUUUGUUUAUGGCCCUGUUUACGUUUUCAUUAUUUACUCACUAUGAUGUGAUUUUUUGAAUCAGAUGUUAGAUCCUCGUUGCAUUAUCUUCAUCGUUGGUUUUCUUUGUCUCGCGCGAGUACUUGAUGCCAGUGCUGGGGAUGCUGACCCCAUUUACAGGACUUGUACCGGAGAAUGUGAAAGGAGAGGUUGUGUUGGAGAAACGUGUUUUACACCCUGCAAGUAUCUCUUGGAUCAUUCUUCAACCGAAGCCCCUUGGUAUAUGCAAAAACCACUGUAUUUACUCUGGAAACAAUUGGAUUGCAAAAGCGAAUGCCGUUAUCACUGUAUGAUGGAGCGAGAGAAAGAAAGAGCAGUUCAUCUAGGGCCUGUAAAGUAUCAUGGUAAAUGGCCCUUCCAACGGCUUUUUGGAUUUCAGGAGCCUGUUUCUGUAGUUUUUUCCUUCCUCAACCUGGCGGCGCAUUUCUAUGGUUGGCUGUGCUAUUUCAUCCUUAUUUACUAUAAGCUGCCGCUAAAACACGAUAAACCAUACUAUGAUUUUGCUGGUCUUUGGCACAUUUAUGGACUACUAUCCAUGAAUUCAUGGUUCUGGAGUGCUGUUUUCCACAGUCGAGAAGUGGAAUUCACAGAAAGGCUAGAUUACUCAUCGGCGGUGGCACUGCUUGGUUUCUCUCUUAUCUUGUCCCUGAUAAGAAGUAUCGGUAUUAAGGAUGAGGCUGGCCGAGUCAUGGUAUCUGCCCCACUCAUUGCUUUCACAACCACCCAUAUACUGUAUCUGAACAACUUCAGAAUGGACUAUGGUAUGCAAGUGCCUGCGAUGUGUAAUAUGACUUUUUGUGUACCGAAUCCCGAAAAUGAUACUAAGCUACUAUCACUAUUUGCUCAGGUUGGAACAUGAAAGUGUGUGUAGUAAUGGGUGUGGCGCAGCUUCUUGUUUGGGCUGUAUGGGCCGGGGUAACUCGCCAUCCCUCUCGCUGGAAGUUGUGGAUUGUCGUUGUGGGAGGUGCCCUAGCAAUGCUUCUAGAAAUCUACGACUUCCCCCCAUACAAAGGGUUUGUGGAUGCACAUGCGCUCUGGCAUGCAACAACAAUCCCCCUAACCAUUAUUUGGUGGAGUUUCAUCAGGGAUGAUGCCGAAUUUCAAACAUCUAUCCUUGUCAAGAAGGUAAAAUAAUAGCGUGCUGUGCUGUCUAUUCUUUCAACCUUGUAUUAUUCUUUUUAACAGCUUGAGAGCAUUUCCUUAUAUCGGAGGAAACCAGUAGUAUUCUUUCUAUAGUUCCAAGUCAUGUCUUCCCCGAAUGGAACGAGGGAAUGCCAACUCCCUUGAUGUCAAAUGUUGUCAAUCUUUACCAAAUGGGAAGGCAGAUAUUUUUGCCAGAUUGAAUUUAAGCAGACUCAGACACUGAGGGUGGUGAUUCACUGAUUUGCUGCUCAUACUACAAUUUUGAUCCGAUGUAAUCCAUUUGCUUAGGUUGUGUAUUGGUACAAAAAAUUUUGUCACUUUGCUCUUUCAAUAUGGUUAUGUUUCUAUACUUAUUCUUCUCAUGUUAUAAGGGGAGACAUAACCCUAUAUGUAUGUAGCUAUCUAGAUGAGUUGCACAUUAUUUUGAAUGGAAGAGAUUAACUAGACUAUUAAAAUGGGUCGCAAGGAGUAAUAAGCAAACCAUUCUGAUUGUGAC